AUAUGUUUUUGACAGUUUUAUAUUUGAUAGUAUUAAAAUAUAAAUACAUUUAUAUUAUUAUUAUUUUAUAAAACAUUAAAAAAUUUACGUGACUUCUUUUAUGAAUUUAUUUCUCAGAGAUUAUGGAAAAUUUAUUACGAGGAAAACUAAUUAGUGUCUUUCCAACAAUGGAUUCUCAAGAAGUUACUAAAGUCAUCAAUGGUUUAUUGUUACUAGGCCUUGAGACGGAAGGGGAUUUAAAAUAUUUAAAAGAGCAAGACCUAAUAGCAUUGCUUCCUCCAAUUAAGUCUAGACGUUUUUUGUCUGUUUGUCAACCAGUUGAACUAUUACUAACAAAUGCUUCUUUAAGUUUGAUCUCUCCAGAACCCUUUAAUUCAAGUAUUAUUACAUCUUCAGAUUGGGCCCAAUCGUUUAUUGUAAACUGGGAAAAGUUUCCAUUAGAUUUUUUGAAAGAUUUAAACAAUAAGCAAAAGCCUACUGAGUCAAAUAUCCGACAAAUGGUUGGAUUAUUAAUGAGUGAUGUAUUUUUGUUUGAUCGUAAGCCAAGUCGACAAAAUUUGCGUAUUAUAGCUCAAAAGGUUGUUUCAAGAUUUCCUGAUUCGUUUGUAGAUGAAAUAAAUGGAAAAGUAAUAUCCAAUGGAGUUGAAACAUUAUUGUUUAGGAUGGAAUCCAGAAAAGAAAAUGCAAAUUGGAAUGUUUCACCUGUUAUAUUAACAAAAGAAUUACACCUGUUAUAUUAACAAAAGAAUUUUUGUUAAUAUAACAGGUGUACUAGAAAUUUAUUAUAUCGAUUUAUAAUCAAUUUUACUUUAGAGAUUUGAUUUUUAUUUUUUUUUGUAAGAGGAACAGCUUAAACAAAUCUAUAGAAUUCUGCCUUGGAAUACAAAUGAUGUUAAAAAAUUUAUGGCGGAUACUUAUUCACUACAGCGUCAAACAAUAAAUGCUGUCAUUCCUUUUGCAGAAGUAUUGAUUGAAAGGCCGUUUCUAUCUCAAAUAGAAUACCUUCAGGACCAUUUUUCCACUCUGAUGAAUUUUUCAUUAAUGGAAAGGUUAAAUAGUACAAUCAGCACCAAAUCAAGUCUUAUUCACAAUUUUUUUCAAUUAAAUGUAGCAAAGAUUUAGUUAAGCAAGUUCUGCUUGAAGCAACAGUCAUAUGCAUGGAAAAUGGGGGAAAUGCACGAGCUGUUUGUUUGGCGUGGCUACCUCUGCUUAUAGCUUAUUUUGGCGAUAAAACUGAUCAUUUGAUACAAUCAGUAAAUCGUUUAGCAUCAAUUCAAGAAAUUGAAGAAAAUUGUCAAACAUCACAUUCUAUAAUUGUUUUAAAAGGUAAUUUGUGACUCGGACUAACAUUGAGAACUAAAUAUAUCAUAUGUAAUAAAAUAUAUCAAAAUACCAAAAUGUAAAUUACUAAAUCAAAAUAUUUUAUAAAAGAAUAAAAAUAGUUGGAUGUUUACUUUAUUGAUUGGUGCACAGGAACUUGGUUUGAUUCAGAAGAUUUUUAAUUUUUGGUGGAAAAGAAAGUGUGCUAUACCUUCACUGAUGCUUUGCCAGCCAUUGGGGCAAUGUUUGCUGUUCAUUAUGUAAUGAAUAUGCAAUAUCAUCCAAAUGUUUUUGCUUCAUUAGAGUUUAUUCAAAGAUACAUGGUCGACUACAAUCCUGAUAAAGGGAAAAGAAAUGCUAAAGGAAAGAAAAAAGGAGCACUCAUUUGCCCACGCAUUGUCACGUUAAUUCGAGAAUUAAAUAGUUUUGA